AUACCCAUUUCGGUCCUCAAAAAAACCUCGCCACAAAGAAUCAGAGUAGAAAAAAAAAGGUUAUGAGAGAUGGGGAAACAAAGCAAUACCCAGAAAAUUUCUUGGACUAGAGGGAAGUGUUUAGGCAAAGGCUCCUUUGGUAAUGUAAGCUUGGCAAUCAACGAAUCAAACGGUACCGUUUUUGCAGUUAAGUCCGUUGAUUUAGCGACGUGUCUUCCAAACCAGCUGGAGUCUUUGGGGAACGAAAUUCGGAUCCUACGUUCUCUUUCGUCUCCUUAUGUCGUUGAGUAUCUCGGCGAUGACGUGACCACGUGUGAUUCCCCGACGACGUCUUAUCGGAAUCUUCACAUGGAGUACUUGCCUGGUGGUACCGUUGCCGACGUGACGAUGAUUAAACGCCGGUUGGCUUACAUGGACGAAAGUAUUUUGCGGUGGCAUACGCGGUGCUUAGUUUCGGCUUUGAAGUACGUCCACGGUGAAGGCAUUGUACACUGUGAUGUGAAAGGGAAAAAUGUUUUGGUGGGCCCUGAUUUCACCUCCGUAAAGCUCGCGGAUUUCGGCUCAGCGAUAGAGAUUAGAAAAGAAAGCGCGGGUGACAAGUGCAGAUCCUUGAUCACACCACGUGGAAGCCCUCUCUGGAUGGCUCCGGAGGUGAUGCGUGGUGAGUAUCAAGGACCGGAGAGUGACGUUUGGUCCCUGGGAUGCACCGUCAUCGAGAUGGUCACGAGGAAGCCAGCUUGGGAGGAUCGCGGUUUCAGCUCGCUGAGUCGAAUAGCCAAUUUGGAGGAAUUGCCCGAGUUACCGACGCAGUUAUCCGAACUUGGUAAGGAUUUCGUGGAAAAGUGUUUGAGAAGGGAUCCGAAUCAGAGGUGGAGCUGCAAUCAGCUGCUGCAGCAUUCAUUUAUAGCAACGGCUUCGGAGCCGAAUAUGAUCGGGGAAUCAUCUCCACGUUGCGUGCUUGAUUUCGCCGGCUUGAAUUUUGAAGAUGACGAAAAAAAGGAGAAUUUUGAAGCUUUGGCGAGGGAGAGGAUUGGUAAAUUAGCGACGGAGGGAAGGGUAAUUUGGGAAUCGGAUGGAUGGGUGGCGGUUAGGAGUUACGCUCGUGAAUCAGGUGUCAAUUGUGAGGAAGGCACAAGUACGGAAUAUCCGGAGUUGAUGAUGACAUUGAAGGAAACGGAAGGGACAAGUUCGGUAUAUUGGGGUUCAAUGGGGAUUAGGCAAGGAAAUGAAAGGACAAUUUUGGAAAUUUACGAUUGUUCUGAAGCUAGUAACUCAGAUGAGUGGCAGUGUGGUAAUUACGAUGAUUUGAGAGGGUUAAAAUUGUCGAGUGGUGUGCUAGGGUGCGGUGGGUGGCGGUGCAAGUACUUGGCUGGCUCGAGUUGUCGGUGCGGGUCACAAAAGGUGGAGUCAGCGGUGGAGAGGGGAGAGUUGAGACUCUACAGUUCUAAUAGGUUGCUGUUUUUCACGGAUGGCUUCUUUGGUGACUCGGAAGUAAAGGUUCAUGGUAGCUACAGAGUUUUUCAACGCUUUAUGGUAGUUUUGGAUGCAUCCUCUUCAUUGUCUCUCCUAGAACAAUAUGCUUUGUCAACAAACGACACGGAAAUUUUCAAAUAUGAAAUGCCAACUAAUACUUCAUCUUGA